AUGAAGCCGACGAAGACGUUCUACCAUAAUUUGGACUCCAGUUCGAGUGAGAAGGAGGCAGUCUCGGUCAACGAACUGCAUGCAGCGGCCGAAGCAGCUCGACUGGCUGAACGUGGUCAAUCGCAGCCACCACUGGACGAACACGAAUGUAUUCGGUUGAGGAUCCGUCGUUUGCAGAGAAGGCUGUCCUUGCUUCAAGCUGAAAUGAGCAGAGAUAAUCGAGAAGAUCGAAAGAGUGAAUUUCGUGCUGCAAACUCCCGUCUUGUAAAUGAAAUCAGUCGGCUCGAAAUGCUAAGAAGAGAUGCCACAUCGAGGGUUGAUUUGGUUGGCGAUGUUGUUUUUCGCUCUCUAAUCUACAAGGAUAACCUUGAAUGGAGCUCUAUUGAUCGAAACGCCAAUAGAGUUGCAUUUUCGCCUGCGGUGUUCAGGGCGAAUGUCACCGAUUCAACGAAUCGACUGCGUGCAUUUUUAGAUCGCGAACUUCCUAUUGUUUGGCGCACUGUGAGUUUUGUCUUUGGUCUGGCAUACUAG